GUUGAGCCAAGCGGCCGCUUUGGUGCUGCAUGCACAAGGGGGACCGACUGGAGGAAUUUGUAUCUGCAAAGAGGGAACAGGCGCUUCCCCAAUAGUUCUUCAGGAAGAUUGUGUGAUCAUAGCAGGAUGCUGGAGCUGCUCCUCUCCCUGCUUGUCGCCUCAGUGGGCUGCAACACAAUCCAGCAACUGGACAGCCAAUCUGGGGACAGACAAGCAGCAGGUGAGGUUGCUGUGACAACCAGGCCUCUCAUCUACUACUGUCGCUCGCCCAACAUGGAGGUCUUCACCUGCUGGUGGCAUCCGCUCACCAACCUGACAGAAGGGGAGGAAGUCAACCACGUGCUCACCUAUUCCAAAGACAAGGGACCGAAACUUGAGUGUCCAGACAACACGAGUGCUGGUGCCAACAGCUGCCAUUUUGACAGCAUCCACACAUUCAUAUGGAACAUCUACUGCAUGAACGUCACGGCUGUAACGGCUCGCCAAAACUUCACUUCACCAGAACACUGCCUUGAUGUGGCCGACAUCGUUCAGACUGAUGCACCAGUCAAUCUAAAGUACGAACUGAUGGAUGCCGGCGGGGAUGAGAUAGGUCAUGACGUGCUGCUCACCUGGGUGUACCCGAGGCCCUCAGACCUCAAGUACGGCUGGAUCACUCUGGUGUACGAGUUGCAGUACAGACGAGUUAGCGAGCCUGACAAGUGGAAGGUCAAGCAGACGCUGCGAGAGCCUCAAGUCAAGCUGCUCGGCCUUCCUAUCAACGACUAUGUGAUCCGCGUACGCUGCCGCUCACACAACUACGGCCUAUGGAGCAAAUGGAGUCAGCCAUUGCUGAUGAGCAUUCCCCCCCGGGCUCCAGCAGCAGACAAACUGCUGGUGCUGAUUCUGGUGACGAGCAUCAGCAUCGUGGUGCUGCUGGCCAUCACUGUACGUGUUAUUCCACAGUGGGUGAGAAUGAAAGACUUCUUCUUGCCACCUAUUCCGAAACCGCGCAUCAUCGGCAUUGACCCGCUGCUUUUGAAGAAUGGGAAUUUGGAUGAAAUCAACCGCCACCUGACUCAUUUCCACGGCUACUUGCCUCCCAGCUUCAUGGACACUGAAGUUUGGGAGCAGGUGAGUCCUGACAACAUUUAUGUCACCACGCCCAAAGAGUGCACCAUUCCUACCGAGUCGCUCAACCAGAUGAGGGAUGCCUUCACUGUCCCACACGACUUGACGGCCACCGCAACUCAUAAUCAACUCUGGAGCCAGCCGCCAACAACGUACACACAAAGCCCGUACUGCAUGUCUCCUCCUCAAGCCUUCUCACAAUCCCCAUGGCCUGAGAUUGUUAGCAUGCCAGAGAGCAGCUACAGCACGAUGGAACAGCCAAGUGCACACCCACCAGCCCUCUCCACUACCUGCCCCCUGCAGGAUCUCUACAGCUGUGUACAGGUCAUGAAUGACAGCAACGGAUUGCAGUUGGUGCCGUGCCUGCCAACUGCGUAUUGCGAGCUCCCGGCACUCCCCAAGUUUAAUUUACAAGCUAGCGUAAAAGAGGAAGAAGAUGAGAAGUUGGCUGAGAACCAAGCCAGAAAGAACGAUGUGGCUAUAGCCAAAGAGAGCUGAGUGGACUGCAAGAUGUGCAGAACCACAAACACAAUUAGAUUUGGUGGAUUACAGGAACAUGUUGUCUUUAUUAUACUCUUGUGCCAUCAAAAACUCCACAUCAGUGGAGAAAAGAAGACAUUUGUCUUUAAUGUCUUUGGAAACCAUGCAACCAGUGGACUUUGUCUGAUUCUAAAUGGAAUCAUAUUGCGCUCAUUUAUAGCUCAAAACGUUGAAAUGGUGGGUCAAUGGAGUCCAGCACUGAUGUGACACAUGGAGCCUGCUCCAUCAUGAUGUCAAUUGUCGUAUGAAUCUGAAUUUGAAUCGGGAAGCUUCCAAAAGUAGUCAACUAAUGACAGGUGUUUGGUUUCUCUGUAAACUAUCAGAUUAUUUAGGAUGUCUUAAAUGCUCAAUGACAAGACUGUACUUUAUGUUGGUUAUAUAAUGUAUUAUAUUUCAAAAAUAUGUUUGUGAAGAGGGGGAGGAGGUUGUUGAUAUUGUCUUCUCCUUAAUGGUUGGUGAUGUCACCACAUCAUCACAUUUCAAAGAAUCAAGGUGUGUCAGACAAGUUCCAGGAAUGGUGUCACAAAUGGUAUCCAAACUUCAAAUUACGUGUUUUCCCCUUCAAUAUGAACGAGACAAUCAACAAGCACGUCUAUAAAAAAAAAGAUGAUUGCUUCAUUCCGUGUGCAAGAAGAGGCAAGAGUUGUGCCAGGACAACUGGUGGUUACUUCACCAUGACAAUGUGCUAGCUCACAAGCCCUGAACAUCUCACAGUUCCUGGCCUAGAAGAACAUCCUUGUGAUGGUGCAAACUCCCUACUCACCUUGCUCCGUGUGAUUUUGUUGCUCUUUCCCAAGCUCGAGGGGGUCAUCAAGAGGACUCGUUUUAAAGAUGAUGUCAAAAUGGCUGUUACGACAGAGCUGCAUGGGAUCCUGCAACGAUCCUUCCAGGAGUGCAUGAAGGCGUAGCAUAGAAGGCUGGGAAAGUCCGUUAGACUCCAGGAGGAUUGCUCCCAAGGGGUAAACUUGUAGUUUGGAUUUGAAAUGUAUCUUUUGUGACGCCAGUCCUGGAACUUCUCUGACACACCUGGUUUUUGCUGCCUAUACAUUUCUCUGACAGUUCCGCCUUUCCCCUUCUGUGGUUGUCCUGUUGAUGUUGCCAUUGUCUGUCUGUGGGCCCUCUUCCUCAGGAGGUUUUCAGCCAUUCCUCAGUAUUUAAAUAUUUAUUCACAAAGUGAAUUUAUUUAUUCUUAUUGUAAAGGGCAAAUAAAGAUGUGCCAAUGUCA